CAGCGUUUAGGCGACACAGUUCCGCCCAAGGCGUUGCUCCGACGGCCGCCGCGGCGUCGGAAGCACCGACGAGCGCCAGCCGCCUGCCUCCCCCGCUUCCCGCGGCGGGCCUGGAAGGAAUCCCCGAGAAGGAGUUGGGGGGAGUGUCCGGUGGAGGAAGCGGGAGGAAGGGAUGGUCUGGGCGCUGACCCCCGUCGACACAGUGCGCGGGACGCAGAAGCAUUACAUCUUCGCUGCCGGGACGUACAAGGUCGGCCGCAAAGAUUGUGAUGUCAUUGUUCAAGCUGACACAUCUAUAUCCCGUGUCCAUGCGGAGAUUGCAAUUGAAAAGAUGGUUGCCUGGGAUCCGCAUUCUGGUGCACCUGCGAGUCCAUCCUAUGUUCGUGUAGUCGACCGAUCGAAGUAUGGCACAUUUGUCAACAAAGUACAUGGAACCCAGGGCAGUCGUCUACAUAAAGAUGAAGAUGUAAUGCUUACUGAUGGGGAUAUUGUGACUUUUGGAACUGGGAAUGCAACCUUCAGGUUGUCAUUUGUCCCCAUAGUGGCCUUUUUUCAUGGCAGGAAGUCAGCGCGAAUAGAUCCAUCAUUGCAUGCAGUCAUGACAUCUAUUGGUGCAUACGCUACUCGUAAGUGGAGUGAUGAAUGUACACAUGUUCUUGCUGACGAAUCAUGUUCAUUGACACCCAAGCUCCUCGAUGCAGUUAUGGGAAAGAAGCAGAUUGUGUUGGGAGAGUGGUUUAAGGCAAUGGCUGAAAAGAACAUACACACAGAAAUCCCUUCUUGUACACAAUACAUUCCAAACUUGACUCUUGAUGGGACAGUAAUCAAGAUGGUGGAGAUCAACCUCAUUCAGAAUUGUCUAGCAGGCUAUGCUUUUAUCCUAGGGCCAUCCGAUAAGUAUCAAUUUGGUGAGAAACUCCAUGGAUUACUGGAAGCAACUGGAGCAAAAUAUCUCCACAUUGACGAAUUUUGUGCAAACAGCCAGGACUCAGUAGCUGGAGAUACUGAUCAACAAAUUCUUGUGGUUCCUGCAAGAUAUCCUUUAGAGUUCAGUAAGAUACGUGGGCUAUUUCCGUUGUCAAAGAUCAGUGAUGUUAAGCUAUUUGCUGCUAUAUUGUCUGGCCGCUUGGAAGCAACUGCUAUUGAACCACCUGCUUUCAUUGUUACAUCCUCGAAUUCAACGGAUGAAACUAUUGUGGAGGAUUCUGAUGUUGAAAUGGAGACUGCAACUUCUAAUCCUACUGGUGCUGCUAACAAGUCUCAAAAUCGCUUUGAGAAUAUCUCUGAUGAUGAAAAGGAAAUCACAAAUAUAACCAAUGAAGUUGCUGUAGCUGUCAGUGGAACAAAGGCUAAUGUUAUUCAACCAAAUGACCAACUGAAAGUUGAAGCUUCAAAGCUAGAUGUUAAGGUCAUAGAGAAAACAGCAGUAUAUAGAUCCAAAGCUAGAGAUGAGGAUGUUCGUGUUAUAAGCAAGGUGCCGAAGGAUGAGAAUUUGGACAUCAGAAGGGAUGGGGCUUGUGAUGUAAUAUUUAGUCAGGAUCUGGUUGUCAAAAAACCCCCUCGAUCAGCUGGUGCUGCAUCAACUGAAGUUGGAGGUGUUAACUUCAAACGCUUUAGAAAGAGGGAAACAGUGUCCGGAAACAGCUUCAAGGACCUUGUUCUAUUUGCACGAGAUCCAUACAGAGAAUCUGACUAUGAUGGGGGCACAAUGACUGAUUUCAUGCGUGAGGAGAAGCAGCGGAAACAAAUGGAAGCCAUUGCAGAGGACCUCUUCAACAACGCAAAGUCAAAGAAACGGGCAGCUGCUGGCAGUUCAAUUCACUCCCUACUUACUGGCCGCAGAUGAGAGCCUGCAGGAGAAGAUCACCAGUAUAUGUAUAUGUGCUCCGCUUGACUCUUCGUUCAGAGGUGGGAGGCCUAGAUAACUGCAUGCUCAAUUGCUCAUUUCCUAACCAGAUGACAGUUAUCCUGUUGCACCUUCGGUUCUCCACUUCCAUUGAAGAUUUCUGGAAGUGCGAGAAACCCGCUUCAGGGCUCCUUUUUGAUCUGUGAGAGAAGCCGGCUUAGUGUUGUAAGCAUAGGAAGGCUGUGUUUAGAUAUGAAUUGUACCUGGGCACGUUCGCUGAUAUUGGAAAGGGCUGUUAGAAAUGGAUCGUGUUGUCUCCGAGGGCUAGUUUCCUGCUGUGAUUUUGACAUUACAUGUUUUCUCAGUUCAGUUUUUAUUUGAUCA